UUGCACACACUAGGAAUAACUUCUUUUCCAAGUUCUAUUACUCGUACCUUCACCUCACACAUUCUAUAAAAAGCCCUUCAUAAAUGAAUCCAUCCAUCUAAGUCAUUAAGAACGAAGAACCAAUCCAUUAUUUGAGGUAAAAGAGAAAUUUUCAGAGACCAUUUACCUCAGAGAGGGAAUGGUUAAGAUAACCAUAGUUGGAAGGAUGAGCGAUGGAUUGCCUCUAGCACAAGGACUGAGAUAUAUGAAUGAAGAAUAUGCUUAUCUUUCAUGUUACAAGCAACAAGCACAGUUCAUUCUCCAAGAAAUUUCAAGGGGAGCACUAACAGCAUCCAAGAUGACUAUCCAUGUCAACAAUUUCUGCUUCAACUACUUGGUCGAGAAUGGAGUUGUUUUUAUUGUAUUAUGUGAGUCUACAUACCCAAGAAAACUGGCUUUUCAUUGCCUACAAGAUAUUCAAAAGGAGUUUGAGAAGUUUGAUAAAACCCUCAUUGGCAAAAUCACAAGGCCAUACAGCUUUGUCAAAUUUGAUGGUAUAAUUGCAAACAUUAGCAGACAGUACAUUGACACAAGAACUCAGGCCAACCUAUCAAAACUCAAUGCUAACCGGAAACAAUAUUUAGAUGUUGCUAGUGAAGAUUUUUACAACAUUGUAGAAAGGAAGAGAAAUUCAGAAACAAUGAGAAGGUUACCAGUUACUCCUCAACCUGAAUCCACAAUAUGGUGUUCUCCACGCCUUGAGGUAGGUGAUUGCUUUGAAAUGGACACCUAUUAUGGUCCUUGUAAUUACUUCUAUGGCUCUUCUAUGGGCUAGCUUAGUCCUCACAGAUGACUUUAUUAUUUCAAGCUGGUGACAAUUCCUCAUAUCAAGACCAAAAGAUAACGGUUUAAUACCAUCAAAUUUCAACACUGCAUGCAGGAACUUAAACAAAUGGUCCACUAGUAUUAAAUAUGAUGCAACAUUGAUGUUGCAGAAAAUAUAAAGACAUGGAGUGGCCCCUUCGGCACCACGUAAUCCAGGAAACACAGAGAAAGAGAGAGAGAGAGGGAGAGAGAUCCAAAUUGAAGAAGAAAAUUUCUGAUUUGUCAGAGUUUCUACUUUCUACCUUGAAAGUGAAAUAUUUCCUUUUAAAUGAACCAGUACUCUGACUUGUGUACUCACACGAGUUGCCAAUAGAUAUUUAUAUGUAUGUAUUAAAUGGCGUGUAAAUAUAGAAAAUAAUUGAUAUCUAUCAAAGGAGUAAAUUGUCU